UAUUCCUCGAGUGUGUCUGUGUUUUUGUGUGCGCGCGCGUGUGUGUGUGUGUACUUAUGUGAGUGUAUGUGUGUGUGUGAUUCUAGUUUUGUUUUUCGUAAGAAUAAAAAAGGUCUCUUGGAAUUGUAGGUCAGCAGGCUCAUGGCCCAAGUUUUUUUGGUUUCACUCGCAUUGUUAGGGUAUAAAUAGAAAGCCAUAGAUUUUGUUAAACAGUGGUUAUUCCAAGUUGAAAACAAAUCCAAGAUGUUUGUUAUUGUUUUAUCUGCCUUGGUAGCUUAUUCCUACGCAGGUAGGUCAAAGUUGGUAAGACAAAGUUUAAUUUUAAGUCAAAUUUUAAAAAAAGUUAUGACCCCAUUAAGUUUUCUCUUGUGUCAAUGCACUUGUGUUUAGACAUUUGAAUCCUAUACUAACAAUGAUCGACCAUUCUCUGAACACCAUCUCUGUAUUUAGUUAUGAGGAAAAUUUAACCAGGCUAUACAACUCUCUUUGUUUGAUGAAAUGAUGCACAAUUAUACCAAAUGCCAUUGUGUUUUUAUUUAUUUUACAAAAAAAGUUAGAUAAGAUUAUUUUAUUUAUUUAAUGAAAUGGCAAUAUUUUACAUAAUAUUCAUUUUCAGAACAUAGAUCUAUAUUCUUACAGACAAACAAUUUUAAACUAGAACAAUUUAACAUAAGACGUCAAAAAGUAUUUCUCAAGCGAAAAAAUUAAGCAUCAUAUGAUAUGGAACUUGACUCAAUCAAUGACAAUAUUGACUUUAAGAGCGAUUUUUUAGAAUUUUUUAUCAGCCGGGGAAACAUUCUGGUCAAUUCUGAUUGAUUUGGGAACAAACGAAUUUGUAUUUCUUUCGGUCCUAACUUUUGGAGACAGAAUUCGCCCUGACCGAGCUGACCUAACGUAUCUGUGAUGAAGAGAGUAGGGGUGGGGGUGUAUCAACCAAAUUUUUAAGUUUUACAAAUGCAUAUUGCUUACAAUAGUUCUUCAAGCGAAUAUAAUGUUUUUUUUAAGCGAUAUAAUUUGCUCUCUGGAUAGCAUUAGAUAGGAUUCUUUAUUGAUCCAUAUUUUCUGUUUGUGUGUAUUGUACAUAUUCAUUUUCAGCACAUAAAUAAAUACAUGCUUAAAUCAAGACAAACUUUUACAAUGAUAACAAUUUAAACACAAGACAUCUAAAGUAUUUCUCUAGCAUAAUAUCAUCCAUCAAGGAACUCAUUUAGUGACCAUAAUGACUUCAGUAGUCUAUUUAAUCGGUGUUGAAUGAGAAGGGAGGAAUUCCCACACCAUCAGGUAAUAGUAAAAUUCAGUCGGUUUCCAAUAUGCGCAAAAAUCUACAUUUAUCAAGAGAAAACCUAUUUAUCUCACAUAAAAUUUGGCCGACUAUAGGGUCAGUUUAUUGACUUGUCUGUUUCCAGCACCAAGAACCUGUCACGGCGACAUCACAACUCUCACCCCGACAGGGAAACAUUCAGGAGGUAAACAAGGAAAGUUAACGUGUGCAAGUGACUUUGUCAAAACAAGUUAACAUGUGCUAGUGAACUUGUAAAAGACAAGUUAACAUGUGCUAGUGAACUUGUAAAAGACAAGUUAACAUGUGCUAGUGAACUUGUAAAAGACAAGUUAACAUGUGCUAGUGAACUUGUAAAAGACAAGUUAACAUGUGCUAGUGAACUUGUAAAAGACAAGUUAACGUGUGCUAGUGAACUUGUAAAAGACAAGUUAACAUGUGCUAGUGAACUUGUAAAAGACAAGUUAACAUGUGCUAGUGAACUUGUAAAAGACAAGUUAACGUGUGCUAGUGAACUUGUAAAAGACAAGUUAACAUGUGCUAGUGAACUUGUAAAAGACAAGUUAACAUGUGCUAGUGAACUUGUAAAAGACAAGUUAACGUGUGCUAGUGAACUUGUAAAAGACAAGUUAACAUGUGCUAGUGAACUUGUAAAAGACAAGUUAACGUGUGCUAGUGAACUUGUAAAAGACAAGUUAACGUGUGCUAGUGAACUUGUAAAAGACAAGUUAAUGUGUGCUAGUGAACUUGUAAAAGACAAGUUAACGUGUGCUAGUGAACUUGUAAAAGACAAGUUAACUUGUGCAAGAGUGACCUUGUAAAAGAUAAGUUAACUUGUUCAAAGGGACCUUGUAAAAGACAAGUUAAUGAGUUCAAAAGUGACGUCGUAAAAGACAAGUUAACGUGUGCAGAAGUUACCUUGUUAAGACAAGUUAAUGAGUUCAAAAGUGACCUUGUAAAAGAUAAGUCAACGUGUGCAAAAGUUACCUUGUUAAGACAAGUUAAUUAUUUCAAAAGUUACCUUGUAAAAGACAAAUUAACGUGUGCAAAAGUGACCUUGUAAAAGACAAGUUAACGUGUGCAAAAGUGACCUUGUAAAGGACAAGUUAAAGUGUUCAAAAAUGAUCGUGUAAAAGUCAAGUUAACGUGUGCUAGUGAACUUGUAAAAGACAAGUUAACGUGUUCAAAAGUGACCCUGUAAAAGACAAGUUAACGUGUGCAAAAGUGACCUUGUAAAAGACAAGUUAAUGUGUGCAAAAGUGACCGUGUAAAAGACAAGUUAACGUGUGCAAAAGUGACCGUGUAAAAGACAAGUUAACGUGUGCAAAAGUGACCUUGUAAAAGACAAGUUAAUGUGUGCAAAAGUGACCUUGUAAAAGACAAGUUAAUGAGUUCAAAAGUGACCUUGUAAAAGAUAAGUCAACGUGUGCAAAAGUUACCUUGUAAAAGACAAGUUAAAAUGUUCAAAAAUGACCUUGUAAAAGACAAGUUAACGUGUGCAAAAGUGACCUUAUAAAAGACAAGUUAAAGUGUUCAAAAAUGACCUUGUAAAAGACAAGUUAACGUGUUCAAAAAUGACCUUGUAAAAGACAAGUUAACGUGUUCAAAAGUGACCUUGUAAAAGACAAGUUAAAAUGUUUAAAAAUGACCUUGUAAAAGACAAGUUAACGUGUGCAAAAGUGACCUUAUAAAAGACCAGUUAACGUGUUCAAAAAUGACCUUGUAAAAGACAAGUUAACGUGUUCAAAAGUGACCUUGUAAAAUAUUUCCAAUAUAAAACACAGCUUAAAGUUCUAAUUUUGAUAUAUUACAAAACAUUGAUUUAAAAAAAAUAAAAAAACAUCUUUUGCUCUUAAUUUUGAUGAACAUCAUUUUGAUAGUCUAAGUUUGAUAUACAUCAUCUUGAUUGUCUAAUUUGAUAUACAUCAUAUUGGGUGUCUAAUUUUGAUAUGAAAAAUCUUGAUUGUCUAAUCUUGAUUUAAAGCAAAAUUUCUAUUUUGUAAAAUUGAUAUCAAUUUGGAUUGAAUGCGAUUUUUUCCCCUUUUAACUAAUUAAAACAAUUUUAAAAAAAAACAACUCUUCCAAGGUGUUGCUGCAUCUAACGCCGAAGUUCAACAUGAUCUACCCGCAUUAAACAAUCACAAAAGCUGUUACCAGGCCAGCGCUGACACGAAUUGUAGGUUUAUUUGUAAAGGGCUAAAUAAAAUUCCCACUAUGAAUUUAAGGUUGCGAAAAUGUAAAAACAAUUUAAAUAAUAUCAUAGUAAAUCUCUUUGACUGAAUUUCAACUAGGAAGCUAGUUCAUAACAAAGAGUCUCACGCAAAUCCAAAAUUACUUUUCAAUUUAUACUAUUUUGACCUUCCAGCAAUAAUCAUUAGAUCACUAAAUAUAUGACAGCAGUUACAAGUGCAAUACUGUAAGACCAGUGAAAGAAUGUUAAUUAUAAGUAUACUCCCUCUCGGUACAGGUAUUCAAGCUUCAGUAAUUGCAGCCCUUGCCAGUAGGGAAUCCAGAGGCGGAAGUCUCCUAGUUAGCACAGGAGGUUACGGUGAUAAUGGAGCAGCCUGGGGUAUUUUGCAGGUAAAGUUUAUCAAAUAUAAUAUGAGCUUUCAUUAACUGGAUUACAAACUAUGUCUACAUUUGAAUUUAAUUUAGUUCUCUGAAUGUACAUAUAUAUGUACAUAAAGACCACAUGUUAACGACAAAUCUUUUUGUUACAUCUCAGUGUGACAUCACUCACUCCGGUCUGCCUUGUAAGUCCGUGCCUUGGGACAGCUGCGCUCAUAUUGAGAUGAUGGUUCACCGACUCCUAGUACCCUACAUCAACCAGGUUAGUUAACAACAAGUAGUAUAACAUAACAGGUAGAUCAUAUGCCAAUAAGAGUAAAAAAAUAUAAAAAGGGACCAAGGCACUGCCUUUAAACACAUACGUCUUGGUAGUAAGUUUGCUUGGCUAUUGUAAAUUAUUUAAAGUUAUGAGAUUUUUUAAAUACCUAGAUAUUUUAUAUUUCGAAAAAGUAAAUAAACAAGUUAUUAUGAAUUAUAUGAUUUUUAAGAGUCUUAAUUUCAAUAUGAUACAUAGGUAAAUGAAUCAACAUUUUAAUUUCAAUAUGAUACCUGGGUGCAGGAACUAAACAUUUUAAAGGUCCACAUUUUUAUCUUCCUUUUAGUCUACAUUUAUAUCUUCAUUUAAGUCCUUAUUUAAGUCUUUAUUUAAUUUCACAAUUAAAUCUCCAUUAAAUGCCCCAUGAACGAUGAACUAUGAAUCGACGUAACCUUUUCAUUGCAUUGCUGAAUUUCUCAGGUGCAUGCUAGACAUCCCAGCUGGACACAAAGCCAAGCUCUACAAGGUAUUUUGUAUGAUACUGUACAUAUGAAUCAAUUAAAAAAAUAAUCAUGUAACAAAACACUUUGACUUAACAUAGAUGUUGAUGAAAGAUUUCUCCUGUUUCUGGAAUAAAAUGCUUUCGUCUUUGAGAGUAUCACCUUAAUGUCAUUAUCAAUGUCCACGACCAGGUGGUGUUGCUGCCUACAACUUUGGUGUGGGCAACGUUCAGACUCUAGGUGGGCUUGACAUCGGAACCACCGGCAACGACUACAGCAAUGACGUCAUCGCAAGAGCUAAGUGGCUUUACGCCCAAGGUUGGAACUAAACGAUCUAUUUGAAAGAGAUUUGAAAAAUAAAAGAACAUUUUGAAAAAAUAAAAUGAAAUGACACCAUAAACAUGUGUGUUAACAAUAUUCAAAUAAGCUUAUUUUUUUUUAAUUUGUUGUAUUGAAAGGAAAAAAAGGAAAUAACCAUACAUUAAAAAAAGAUUAAGUGCUUUGAAUUACCA